AUGGAGUUGCUCUUGACAAUGUGUCUAGCCUCUCUGUUCUUUGGCUUUUGCUGUCUCUUUAAGUCAUUUAUCCAAAGGAGAGACCAAUCCUGCUAUCUACUGGCCUAUGAGUGCUACAAACCCACAGAGGAAACAAAGCUCCAAACCGACUCAUGUGCGAAAAUCGUCAUGCGAAACAAGAAUCUGGGGCUGGAAGAAUUCAGGUUUCUGUUGAAAACCAUUGUCAAUUCCGGCAUUGGUGAGGAAACUUCCUGCCCACGGAACAUCCUCCAAGGCCGGGAAGACAAGCCAACCCUAGCAGAUUCACUAUCUGAGAUGGAUGAAAUCAUCUUCAACACACUUGACAAGCUUUUUGCCAGGUACGUUACAAUCUCACCAUCACAAAUUGACAUUCUCGUGGUCAAUGUCUCCAUGUUCUCCCCUUCACCCUCACUAACAUCUAGAAUAGUGAACCGUUACAAUAUGAGGGAGGACAUCAAGACAUUCAAUCUUUCUGGAAUGGGCUGCAGCGCAAGCCUGGUGGCUGUUGAUGUUGUCCAGGGCUUGUUCAAGUCCUACAAAGACUCAUACGCCCUUGUUGUGAGCACGGAGUCCAUGGCUCCUAAUUGGUAUUGCGGCAAAGAAAAAUCGAUGAUGCUCACCAACUGUUUGUUUCGGUCAGGAGGCUGUUCGAUGCUGUUCACUAACAGAAGAUACCUUAAGCACCAAGCUAUGCUGAAAUUGAACACUUUGGUAAGAACACAUAUCGGAUCAAAUGAUGAUGCUUACAACUGUUGCAUACAGCUAGAAGACGAUAGUGGUUACCCAGGUUUUCGGCUUACCAAAAACCUCACUAGAGCAGCAGCUCUUGCUCUCACAAUGAACCUACAAGUCCUAGUGCCAAAAGUACUUCCAUUAAGGGAAAUACUCCGGUACCUGGUGGAGUCAAGGCUGCGGAAGAAAAGGGGUACCAAGAGUCAGAAGCUAGAAGCAGUGGGAGUUGGUUUGAAUAUGAAGGCUGGAAUAGAGCACUUUUGUAUCCACCCUGGUGGAAGAGCAAUUAUAGAUGGGAUUGGCAAGAGCUUAGCAUUAAACGAGUAUGAUCUUGAGCCUUCUAGGAUGGCGCUUUUCCGAUUCGGUAAUACAUCAGCUGCCGGGUUUUGGUAUGCUUUAGGAUACAUGGAAGCCAAAAAGAGGCUUAAGAAGGGUGAUCGGAUUCUUAUGAGUGGAUUUGGAGCAGGUUUUAAGUGCAACAAUAUUGUUUGGGAAGUACUGAGGGACUUGGAUGAUGCCAAUGUUUGGGAAAGGUGCAUAGAUAGUUAUCCUCCAGAAAGUAUAGCCAAUCCUUUCAUGGAGAAAUUCAGUUGGCUAAAUGAUGAAUAUCUCAACUUUGUUAGGAUUGAUUUCAGCACAUUAUUCGCUUAA